GUCACCGUUGAAAAGUCCUAUUUGGAAUCCUUGAUUCAGAGCUCCACGGCGCGCUCGCCCUUGGCGUCUCCCCCUUUCUCUCUUCCUAUCUUGAUUGAUCGCUUCCCUCCCCUGUUUCUUUUCUACCAUCUCCGUAUCUUCGACUGUCUUUACUUUCUGCGCGACUUGCGAUUCAUCACGAAUGGCCUUAUCGGAGUAGAUAAUGACUAACUUCCAACAUGUUGACAGGCUCUCUCCCUCGCUCAGAGACGCCGUUCCUCUAGAUUUAGACUCUGUGACAAUUCCUAGGUCCGAGUACGAGAAUUUGCUCCAAAUUUCUGUGCAUUUCAAGAAGCUCAAGGACUCGCUUCUGACGGGAGGAUUGUCGCAGGAAACACUUGAUAUCCUGAUAUACGGAGGCGAAACCCCCACGCCGCAGCCUUAUCAGAACACCCACGAGGAUACCGACACAAUUCCAGAUCCUAUCUACCCCAAGAAACCUGAACCACCUGCCGCGCCUGUUGCUGACAAGGAAAUCGAGACUGGAUAUCGUGGUUAUCACAGAAAUCAUGCGCACGUAGAGCGCGAGACUUUUGACGACGAUGAAGAUGCUGUGUUUCACGGUCAUGAUGAAAAAGAUGAAUACGACAGCUCAUCGAAAAGCGGAAGGUCGUCUGCUGUUUCGACUGGUCAACGCACCGUGAUGAUUCGCGGUUUACCAGACCGUGUCACUCAUCAUGAUAUCACGGACGCUGUGAGAGGCGGCGCUCUUCUCGACAUCUUCCUGCGGGCUCGGGAGCAUAUGGCGAGCAUAUCUUUCGUUGAGGAAUCCGCUGCUCAGGAAUUUCUGCACUACGUUAAGCAGCAUGGCCUCUAUGUAGCUGGGAAGCGUGUGGAAGCGCUGUGGAGCGAGCGCCAGUUCUACCUGCCUCCGUAUGUCAGGACCAAGAUCAACAAUGGGGCUACGAGAAACCUGAUGAUUUCCAAUGUGAACCCAAAUAUCAGCGAGGCCCUCAUCCGCAGGGACCUCGAGCACAUCCACAAUCUUAUUGUCAUCUCCGUAGACUACAAAAACGGAAAUGCCUACAUAUCCACGAAUUCAGUUCACAAUGCACUAUUUGCGCGCUCAUGCAUGAUGUCUCGAUUCUCAUACAAACGCAUGAGGAUCUCCUUCUACCCAGACGAAUGUGCAGAUCCGUUUCCCAAACACCACACGAUCCCGAAGGUUGACCCUCCUGCACGUGUGACGAAGCCGGCUCCGGUCCCGAACCGCUUCCAGCUUCUUUCCAUCGAGGAUUCAGAUGACGAGGAUUACAACAAUGAUCAUGAUGAACUAACCGGUCGCCCCUCUCUGGGUAGCACUCACUGGGCAGAGAGUGAGAUAACUGUCUAGGUCUGAUGUUUUCCGCCUCGUCACAAUGAGACCCAUAUUCCACUCUUAAUUUAUGUGAAUGCUUUAUGGAUUGUUGAAGAAAAGGGAGUUGGAUCAGGAUGCAGGCUUUGUCCAGGUCCAUUCCGCGGGAUAGAUAUCUAAUAGCCUCAACUCUUGAGUUUAAAACGCCGCAUUGAUAGCGUUCAUAAUCCCGGACAUGCAGCUUUUC